AAUCAGUCUGAGGCUAACAGCAUUUUUUAGAUCACAGCUGUCAACUAGAUGCCGUUAUGCAUACAACAGAAGGCUGGUUACUCCUUUAAGAAACAGCAAAGCAUCCAUUGGAUGAGUGAGCAUUGAGCUCUGUACCAAUCGUGCUUCAGACUGUACAAAGGGAUCUACUCCCUCCCCCAGCCAGAGGAGGAGUAUGAUGAGAGCUUUAGUGUGAAAUAAAACAUGAACGCUUUAUGAGGCUGAUCACCACAACGAAAAUGGGCUGAGUACACGUUUAUUUUAAAAUGGAAAACAACAUUCGGUUUCAUAAGGAAGUAAGAUGAAGAUUUGUAGAUGGGAAUAACAAACGCGAUACAGAAAUGAGGAGGAACGGAGUGUGGAAAUGGGCAGCGCUUUGGCUGUUCGCUUUCUCUCUAUUGUGGAAUAAAGCUGGAGCUCAGAUUCGCUACACAAUACCCGAGGAGUUAAAGGAAGGAUCUAUCGUUGGGAAUAUCGCAAAGGAUCUUGGUUUGUAUAUCUCAGAUAUCGCCGAGCGUAAGUUAAGAAUAGCAUCUGAGUCGAAUAGGAAGUAUUUUAGUGUGGAUUCAGGGAAGGGUGAUCUGGUAGUUAAUAGUAGAAUAGACAGAGAGACGCUCUGUGGACAAAGCGCCAGUUGUCUAAUGCCACUGCAGAUCGUAAUUGAGAACCCAUUACAGAUGCAUAAAGUUGAAAUAGAAAUACAAGAUAUAAAUGAUAAUGCACCUAACUUCCAUACAAAAGAUGCCACAUUAAAAAUACCUGAAGUGAUUGCUCAAGGCGCACGAUUUACCCUUGAGAGUGCUGAGGACCUCGAUGUUGGAAGCAAUAGCAUAAAGACUUACUCACUUAGCAGUAACAAUUUCUUCCGAAUUAAUGUUAAAACGUUAAAAGAUGGAAGAAUGGUACCUGAACUCGUGGUUGAAAAACCUUUAGACAGAGAGAAACAGUCUAUACACAAGCUAAUAUUAACUGCCUUAGAUGGUGGCAAUCCAGUAAAAUCUGGAACAUCUUUAUUGCUAAUAAUCGUUCAAGAUAUAAAUGACAACGAACCAAAAUUUGAAGUUGCUGUAUAUAAAGCAUCUGUACUAGAAAGAGCCAUCUUUGGAUCAAGUGUGAUCAAAAUAAAAGCCACUGAUUUGGAUGAAGGUCCUAAUGGUGAAAUACAGUAUUCAUUCGGUGCGCAUACGCAAGAUCUUGUAAGAAAUGUUUUUAGUGUGAACGCUGAAACCGGCGAAAUCACAGUUAUUGGAAACCUAGAUUAUGAGAAUAAAAAAACGUAUAUGUUUGAUGUUUGUGCUAAAGACAAAGGGAAUCCAGAGCUCGAAGGACAGUCGUCGGUUCAGAUAGAUAUCAUAGAUGAGAAUGACAAUCCUCCAGAGAUUAUCCUGACAUCUUUAUCGAGUCAUGUGCCUGAAAAUGCAACGGUGGGAACUGUGGUGGCUCUGAUUACCGUCAAAGAUUUGGACUCCAGUAACAAUGGAAAAGUCGAGCUAAUUGUCCCCACGAAUGUUCCUUUCAAAUUGAAAGCCUCUUACGAUAACCAUUAUUCACUGAUAACUGACUCAUUAUUAGACCGUGAAGUUCAUUCUGAAUAUAAUUUUGAAAUACUGGCCGUGGACUCUGGUGUUCCACCUUUAAAAACUACGAAAACGGUAAAUGUAAAAGUGCUUGACGUGAAUGAUAACGCUCCACUUUUCUCACAAUCUUCAUACAUCGUUUACAUAAACGAAAACAAUCUGGCAGGUGUGUCAUUGUUUUCUGUAUCUGCAGUUGAUAUUGACCGAGACAAGAACGCUUUACUCACUUACUCAGUUUUGGAUUUAAGUUCUAAUCAAGUUCCAACAUCAUCUUACUUUUAUAUCAACUCUGAGAACGGAACUAUUUACAGCAUGAGCUCAUUUGAUUAUGAGAAAAUGAAGCUAAUCAGAAUUGUAGUGGAGGCUAAAGAUCAUGGCUCUCCACCUCUGAUCAGCAAUGCAACUGUUCAUGUGUUUAUUCUGGACCAUAAUGAUAACGCACCUGUUGUCAUUUACCCGUCCACGUCCAUGGGGUCUGUUACUCAUCAGAGGAUACCCCGUUCUGCUAAAGCAGAACAUCUCGUUACUAAGGUAACAGCAGUGGACGCUGACUCGGGUCAUAACGCCUGGCUGUUCUACAGGCUCGCGGAGGCCACGGACGCGUCUCUGUUCAGUGUCAAUUUACAUACGGGAGAGGUGAGGAUUAAACGCGCUGUUUCAGAGCACGAUGACUCCUCUCAGAGACUGCUGAUAGAAAUAAAGGAUAAUGGAGAACCGAUCCAGUCCACAACUGUCACAGUGGAUAUACUGAUAGAGGACGGCUUUCAUGAGCCCAUCUCAGACUACAUAGAAAAAACUAUCGAGCCCAACAAGAAAAGUGGCAAAAUUACUUUAUAUCUCAUUAUCGCUUUGGCUUCCGUGUCCUUGUUGUCUUUGAUGACGUUUUUCAUCUUACUAGUGAAAUGUGCUCGAGGCAGUAGAGGCGGCUCAAGCUGCUGUAUCAGGGGGACAAACUCUGAGUACAAGAACUCCAACAGAAACCUGCAGAUCCAGCUCAACACUGACGGGCCCAUUAAGUAUGUGGAGGUUCUGGGAGGAGACAUGAUGUCUCAGAGUCAGUCCUUUGGCUCAUAUCUCUCUCCAAUGUCAGAAUUCAGUGAUCUCACCCUCGUUAAACCCAGCAGCACCACAAACUUUACAGACACGCUAAACGUGCUUGAUGCGUCAUUACCAGACAGCGCGUGGACGUUCGAGAGCCAACAGCAAAAGCCCCCUAAUGCUGACUGGAGAUUUCCCCCAAACCAGAGGCCUGGACCCAGCGGCCAACACAGGUUCCACACCCUGCAGCAGAGAUGGACUCCAUACGAGAAGUCCAGGGCAGGAGCUCAUCCUGAUGAGGCAGGUGCCAGUGCUGGUGUGAUAGCGGGAACAAGACCGUGGCCCAACCCCCCUACCGAGGCGGAACAGUUCCAGGCGAUGAUGGUGGCAGCGAACGUAAGUGAAGCCACUGCAACUCUCGGCCCUCGCUACAAUCCACAGUAUGGCCCGGACUACCGCCAGAACGUCUUCAUCCCGGGUAGUACCGCCACCCUCAUGGCCAACCCUCAGCAACAGGUACCCCAGCAGGCCCUUCCCCCUCCCCAGGCACUUCCUCCUGUUGAAGCCCCCAAGGCAGCUCAGACGCCUGCCAGCAAGAAGAAGCCUACUAAGAAAGACAAGAAGUAAGACGCGUGGAAGCACUAUCAAAGCAGUGGAAAUAUGUCACCAGGAUCUGAGCAUCUCUCCUCAAAAUAACGAGACCACAGGCUUGGUUAAAGAAUCAACAUUCUUUACAUUAAAUUUUCUUAUCUGUGAGGUUUUUAUUUGUUUGUUUUAGAUUUCCCUAUCUUCAUUUAUUGCAUUUUGAAUUGCAUUACAGAAUCUUACUCAAUAACCCCCCAAAAUCAAGCAUUUCCUGUUCUGUCGCUGAAACAAAGAACGACUGAACAAGAAGAGAUGUGUUCAGAUUCCUGAAGCUCUUUUACUGACAGAUAACUCUGUCCUGUAAAUAGCAUUACUGAAACAAGUAGAAAAUAUAAAUUUCUUCUUUUUUUUUUUCAAAUGUCAUGUUUCAGCUUUCUUUUUUUUUCUUUCUUUUUUAAGCAAGUUAGAUGCUUCUUGUGGUUACAAAAUGAAAUGCUUGUAGGCUUUUUUACAAUGUGCCACACAUCUCACCUUGAUUGAAAAAAAAGAGUAUUGAGCUGAACUAUGCAGUGAAAAGUGGAUACUUGAAAAAAGGGCACAUGAAAGUAUAUUUAACUAGUUUGUGGAGUAAAGAGAAUACAUUUGCAUUCGGUGAGACACUGGGCUGUUGUCAUGGUAUUUAAAAAUAGAUUCAGCCUUCUCAUUAACGUCUUAAUGAUUAAGUUAAGCAGAGCCAAAUGUUAGGUUAACAACAUUUGACUAUUCUUUGCUUUUAUUUCCUUUUAGCUUGGUAUAAGAAUCCUUGAAAUGCAAGAAAUGUCAACUGUUUUUGAAGAUCAGAAAAUAUAUCUUAUCCCUUCAAAGAAAGAUUUAAGUCAAAGUGAAUGUGCUAAGAGUUAAUGGAAAACAUGAAGUGAACCACAAAGAAAGAAACAAAUGAUGAACAUGGAAAGACUAAUGAUUAACUUAAGUGUAAUACUGUACUUGAGUGGAUCUUAGAUGGAAGGAUUAUGUCCAUUUUUCUGCACCAACCACUACCACAGUGUAUAUAAAAUGUGUAACCUGUCUGUACAAACAGUAGAGCCACAAGGGCUGGCUGUUACAGGAAUGUUUCAGUAUUUCUUUUUUUUUAAAUGCAACAAAACAAGAGGAUAGAAAAAAGAUCCAGUGUAGUGUUGUAGGAAGAAAAACUUAAAAGAUCAUUGACUAACCAAACUAUACAUACUUCAACUUCUGAAGACACAAUCGUAGCUUAAGGCUUGUGGAGUAUGUGCAUAUUUUUGUGUUUUUCACCCUUUAUUACACUUUCUUUCCUUUUCUCCAAUCACCUAAAACUUUGAAGAUAACAGACAAUACUUACUGUCUUUAGAGUACCACCCCUCUCCACAUCUUACUGUACUUUUCUGUGCUUGUAAUUCCAUUCAGUCUGUAAUGAUACUGGAAUGCCAAUCCUGUCUGACUAUGAAUAUCUAUCUAUCUAUCUAUC